CACCUGUCGAUCAAAGACCGGAUCCAAUUGUCCACAAUCCUGGACACUGACCACAAUUGGAAACUAUUGGCCGCUAUUAUACCCAAACCGGAUGGGAAGACCGGCCCUUUGAUCACCAGCUCUAAUGUUAAAGUAUUGGAGGAUUUGCUGAAAAUAGGCAAAAGUCCCACUCAAGCCUUACUUGACUUCUGGGGAACCAGUGGUCGAAAACGGGCCACAAUUGAGGACUUUAUAAGACUAUUAAAUUCUUGUCACUUAUACAGAGCCUCACUAUUAUUAUGCAAAGAUAUACUUAAGAUUGAAUCGUAUGAGCACUUGAUUGAUAUCAAUUGCGAUGACAAUGAAUCCAUCAAUAAAAUGAUGAGUGAUAUGAAUCUCAAUACUAAAAACAGCGAUCAAUUCAAUGAUAAUAAGAAUUGUUUUGAUAAAGAAUUUAAUGAUUUGUCGACAAAACUGUGUCAACAGUCGACCGAUACUAAUGAGGAUAAGAAUCGCAUAUUAGAUCCGUCAGCGCCUAAUGAAUCACUG